AUGACGAGUCUAGAGGCCACAACUGGGACCCUAAUUGGUAGAAUAAAAAGGUUGGAUGUUAGUACAGGUGAUCUAGCAAUAGCAGUCAAUGUGCUAACCGAAAGGAUUGGAGCUGUUAGGGUCGACAUGCAUCAAGAUGAUAAUCGUAGUACUGGUGGGGAUCAUAGGCUACGUAUCAACCAUCAGGCACAUGGGCAGGAACGUAAGAGAAAUGACUUUGAUGAUGAUAAAGAGGAGUUUGGUGCAUAUGAGGAGCCUGAUCAUCAGGCUAUGAUGUGUGGUAGCCAGUUCUGGGCUAGAUACGAUCUUAGGGGCCAAAAUUAG